ACAUUCCCGUGGAGUGACAAGCGAUGGAGCGGCGAGGCAGCCGGGCGGGAGAGCAUCCUCGGGCUCCAGGCGGAGCUACCUUCGCAGGGCAGAGUCCGAGCGCCAUGGAGGACCUGCUGGAUGUGGAGAACAAGCGGAUGGCCGACAGCCUGGCCAGCAAGGUCACCAGGCUGAAAUCGCUGGCUCUGGAUAUUGACAAGGAUGCUGAGGAACAGAACCGCUACCUGGAUGGCAUGGACUCAGAUUUCCUGAGCGUGACAGGGCUGCUGACGGGCAGCGUGAAGCGCUUCUCCGGCAUGGCGCGCUCCGGCCGGGACAACCGCCGGCUUCUCCUCGCCGUGUCCGUGGCGCUCAUCCUCAUCUUCUUCAUCCUCUACUACCUGGUGUCCCGGGCAGGGACCUGAGCCCGGGCUGGGAGGUGUCACAGGGCCCUGAGCGGGGCAGGUGUCACAGGCCAGACCCCACCAUCCGCAGACCUGCCCACCUGUUUUCCAGAGGAGCCUCCAGCCACACUUCCACCUUCCCAGUGAGUUUUCCUCCUCCCUCCUCAUCCUUGCUCCAGCUGGGGCCCAGACAGCUCAUCCAAAACAAGUUUGGCUCCAAAGGGACCUUCAUGGCUAACGUGAUUUUGGGGUCGUGGCUCAGGCCGUGACCUCCUGCCUUGUCCACAUCCUGUGAGCUGAUUCUGAGGGCCGCUUCCACGUCACCUCCCUCGCUGAAAAUCAGGAACCAGCGAAUCCGGGGACUUGUGGAUAUUCCAUAACCCAGCUGAGCUUUGUGAGCUGUAGGCUUUAGGACGCUGAUUUACAGGAUUUGGAAGUACCGAUGUGUGACUUACAUUCCAUGCAGCCGCUCUCCAUUUCCCUGCGACUCGCAGACCAUAUCCCUGGGCUGAAAGGAAACCCGUGCUGCUUUCGGGUGGAAUUAGCGAUGGAUCUGGGCCUGGACGCUCUCAGAUUGCGGCAGGGAAGAGAUGCAGCGGAGCAGGACUUUCAUUAAACCCUGGCUUGGUUGUCUUUAUCAUCCUUAUGGGCAGACUGGGCUGGACACCAUGGGAAGGGGUCCAUAACCACAUGGAUUUGCACUUGUGUGGAACCUUCCAGAACCUUAAUUUACUAAGUCAGGCUCCCCUGGUUUUAGAGCACUUUGGGGAGAUGCUGUGCCAAUAAAGCAGAGGUUGAGGUGAGCUGGAAUUCCCCCCACAGUGCUGUCGGCAGUGGAGGGGAAUUGAGGAGGGAUUUGCUGAUUUGUUUAUGGAUUUAGAAGGUACAAAAGGAGCCCCUUGCCUUGCCUUGAGGGGUGUCUUUGGUUAUUUGCUUCUCUCUUCCUGUAACAGCCAGGGCUCAGCCUUUCCUCCUCAUCUGAUUUAGACUCUCCAGCAAACCCUCUUCAUGGAUGGCUGGGUGUUCUUUUGCCUUCUCCCUGUUCCCACUGGGAAUUCCUUUGCCCUUGAGCUAACUCGGGGCCACAGCUAUGAAGGGAAUGUUGUCCCAUGUACCAAACUGCUCACAAAACACACCCUGGCUGGAUUAGGUGUGCUCUUUUCCACGUGUGGGAAAAAAAAGGUGCAGGGAAGGCAAGGAGAAAGGAGGCACCAGGAACUUCCUCUGGCUCUUCCUGCUUUCCUGGUGGCAGCUCUGGGUUUUUUUCCUUUGGGAAGAAUCAAUGGCCUGUGAUUCCUGGAGCGGGUGACUCCUGACGAGAGGCUCCUGGAGCAGCCUGGCCCUCACCCUGGCAGGGUUUAUUUUGCCUUUCCUGCUGUAAAUAAAGCUGAUUUUAGACCUUUUA